AUGCUCCUGGCGCGGAUGAACCCGCAGGUGCAGCCGGAGAGCAGCGGGGCGGACCCGGAGGCCGCGCAGCCCCUGCAGGCGCGCAAAGCCGCGGAGCUGCUGGUGGUGAAAGAGCGCAAUGGGGUCCAGUGCCUCCUGGCGUCCCGCGCGAGCGAGGAGCCGCCCCGGGAGACCUGGGGCAAGAAGAUCGACUUCCUGCUGUCGGUGGUGGGCUUCGCGGUGGACCUGGCCAACGUGUGGCGAUUCCCUUACCUCUGCUACAAGAACGGCGGCGGUGCCUUCCUGAUCCCGUACACGCUGUUCCUCAUCAUCGCGGGGAUGCCCCUCUUCUACAUGGAGCUGGCUCUGGGCCAGUUCAACCGGGAAGGGGCAGCCACGGUGUGGAAGAUCUGCCCGUUCUUCAAAGGAGUCGGCUACGCCGUGAUCCUCAUCGCCCUCUACGUCGGCUUCUACUACAACGUCAUCAUCGCCUGGUCCCUCUACUACCUCUUCUCCUCGUUCACCUUCCGCCUGCCCUGGACCGACUGCGGCCACCCCUGGAACAGCCCCAACUGCACCGACCCCAAGCUCCUCAACGCCUCCAUGCUGGGCAACCACACCAAGUACUCCAAGUACAAGUUCACGCCGGCAGCGGAGUUUUACGAGCGCGGCGUCCUGCACCUCCACGAGAGCGGUGGCAUCCACGACGUCGGCCUGCCGCAGUGGCAGCUCUUGCUCUGUCUGAUGGUGGUGGUCGUCGUCCUGUUUUUCAGCCUCUGGAAAGGCGUGAAGACGUCAGGAAAGGUCGUGUGGAUCACGGCCACGCUGCCUUACCUGGUGCUGUUCGUGCUCCUGGUCCACGGCAUCACGCUGCCCGGCGCCUCCAACGGCAUCAGCGCCUACCUGCACAUCGACUUCUACCGCCUCAAGGAGGCCACGGUCUGGAUUGAUGCUGCCACUCAGAUAUUUUUUUCCUUGGGGGCUGGAUUCGGAGUCUUGAUUGCAUUUGCCAGUUACAACAAAUUUGACAACAACUGCUACAGGGACGCCCUGCUCACCAGCACCAUCAACUGCGUCACCAGCUUCGUCUCAGGGUUUGCCAUCUUCUCCAUCCUCGGGUACAUGGCCCAUGAGCACAAGGUCAACAUCGAGGACGUGGCCACUGAAGGAGCCGGCCUGGUCUUCAUCCUGUACCCAGAAGCCAUCUCCACCCUGUCGGGGUCCACCUUCUGGGCCGUCGUGUUCUUCAUCAUGCUCCUGGCUCUGGGGAUUGACAGCUCAAUGGGAGGCAUGGAGGCCGUCAUCACGGGCCUGGCCGACGACUUCCAGGUCCUGAAGCGACACCGGAAGCUCUUCACGUUCGGCGUCACCUUCGGGACCUUCCUCCUGGCCCUGUUUUGCAUCACCAAGGGCGGAAUCUACGUGCUGACCCUGCUGGACACGUUCGCGGCGGGCACCUCCAUCCUGUUCGCUGUGCUCAUGGAGGCCAUCGGCGUCUCCUGGUUUUACGGGGUGGACAGGUUCAGCAACGACAUCCAGCAGAUGAUGGGGUUCAAGCCCGGCCUGUACUGGAGACUGUGCUGGAAGUUUGUGAGCCCCGCCUUCCUCUUGUUUGUGGUGGUGGUGAGCAUCAUCAACUUCAAGCCGCUCACCUACGAUGACUACAUCUUCCCGCUCUGGGCCAACUGGGUCGGGUGGGGCGUCGCACUGUCCUCCAUGGCCCUGGUGCCCGCCUACAUCGUCUACAAGUUCCUGAGCACGCGGGGCUCCCUCUGGGAGAGACUGGCCUAUGGCCUCACGCCGGAGAACGAGCAUCACCUGGUGGCCCAGCGGGACGUCCGGCAGUUCCAGUUGCAGCACUGGCUGGCCCUCUGA